AUGGUCUUCAAAGUAAAAUGCCUAAGAUGCAAGAAGGAUUUUCGAAUUACUGAUAUCGAAUCGCAUAUGUAUUCACAUUAGUAAGUUUUCUUGGAAACUUCAAUAAGUGUGAACUUUUCCCUGUUAUUUCUUUAUCAAUUGUUCUACCUACUUGAAUAAAACAAACAUUUUCAGCACGGGAGAACAUGGGAAACGUCCGUUAAGAGCAAAAUGCCUUGUAUGUCAAACUUCGUUCAUCGAUCUGUCAGCAUAUUAUGCUCAUAUUCAUCGUGAUCUAACAGGAAAGCAUCACAAACAACAAAAUGCGACACAACUUCAGCUGUUAGAGGAAACAAUUCCAGGAAUUACAAUAGAUUACCGGGACUAUGUGGAGAAAUACACGGUGCCCGUGACAAACGACGGAUUUCGAAUGAUUGAUGAGAGAGAGGCUGGACGUUUGCUUGGUCCUGGAUCGACAUUCAAUCCGUAUGAUACUCCUAAUCAGAACCAUGGCACUCCAAGGUAUACCGGAACACCGGUUUACAACGGAACACCGAACUAUUGUGGUACACCAAACAUGUAUGAUGGAAGGAAUACGCCAAAUAUGUAUGAUAAUGGUGGAAGGAAUACACCAAACAUGUAUGAUAAUGGUCGUAGAAAUGUGCCACUUCCGAAUAAAACACCUGAUUAUGAGGAGGAACGAGCAAGAUCGCCGUUUCCAUCAACAUCAUCGGCAACACAAAAUCGACCACAGGAAAAUGCUCGGCCAUCAAGAAUCGGUACUCCUGGUUAUGAACCAUCCGGAUCUCGUAGCCGACCACAAACACCGAAGUAUAGUGAAUCAAACAAUUCGAAUCGAAAUCAAAAUCAACCACAAACAGCGAAUCAAUUUCCAAAUGGGCAGCCAACAAAGUCAAACUAUCCGACUGCUCCACAAGUCAAUAAUAAACAACAAAAUCGGAUUCCAACCCAACAAUCGAAUCAAAAUCAGACUGCUCCACAAUCGAUGAACCAACAACAAAAUGGAGUGCCAUCACAUAAUAAAGUUCCAGCUCAACACACUCCACAAUCUCAAAAUCGAACUCCAGCACAACCACAAAGUCAAUCUCAAAGCGGUGCACAAACAUCAAAUCAGCGAGGACCAAGAACACCACCAAUUCAACCUGAAAACCGGAAUCAAUCACAAAAUCCAAGUCAAACUCAACAUCGUUCACAAACACCGAAUCGACAAGGACCACGAACUCCGCCCAAUCAAAAUAAUCGUCGUCCACAAACGCCACGUCAGGAAGAUCAUCACAAUCCAUAUGAAUCAAAAAAGCCUCGACGACCAUCAGAACGUAAUGAACAUAAUAAUUCGAAAUCAAGGUGAGUUUUUUGUUCAGCUCUGAUUUAUACAACAAAAAAAACAAUUUUGAUUCAGAUAUGCAUCGACACCACACGAACACGAAGAACAUUUCAAAAUUCGAGGCGAAGGAGUGUCAUAUAUGGUAAGAUUUGUUGGAAAAAAUAUGGGUUCGCGAAAUUAUUUCAAACUUCAAAAAUUACUAUUGUUUCGCGGACUCAUUUUGAAAAUAUUUGGGAAACUAUCGGAGAUCGAUAUUGUAAUGACGGGCCUAUUUGGACACCAAUUCCGUAUUUUCCAAAUUUUUAGAAAUGAAAAAAUGUCAAACUCACGUUUUUAAAAAUAAGAAACACCUGUUUGCACCCUUUUUUAGAAACAAAAAAGCCCUUUUUUAAAUACAAAAAAAAAUGAAGAAUUGAAUUUAAAAAACCUGAUAUAUUAGACACGUUAAACACGUAUUCAUUCAACAAAUAGUAGAAAAUUUUCAGAAUCACGAUGAUCGUCAUAAUUCCGGCUCAAAAAGUCCAGGAUUUUACGAACCACCAGAAACGUAUGAUGGUAGGUUUUCACCCCCAAAAGUUCUCUCCCCUCCUCUCAAAGAAUCGCAAAUUUUUCAGAAAUCCGAACAGUUCGUGAAAAUGCUCGUGUAGAAUCUCGUAGCACUGCAAAAGUGUGCCCAUCUCAAACUCGUCAAUCUUUCCUAGCAACUCCGAAUACUCAACCGGUUUCUAGAAAAGAGUUGGAAGAGCAAAAGAAGAAAAAUCAGCGAGAUAUUCUUGAGAGAAGAAGAAUUGCGGAUGAGAAGAAAAAGAGAGAGGAAGAGUUGCAAAAACAGCAGCAGCAACAACUACAAAAGCAACAAGAAGAGCAAAGACGCGCCUCGAGACCUCCACCGCCGUUGCCAAAUCGUGCGAAUAUUUUCAACGAAUCGACCAAUCAGCCAACAACUGCUCCUUCAUCAACAUUCCAAAAUACUUAUUCACAGCCACAGCCUGUUCCACCACCUCAACAAAAAUAUUUCUUCAACCAACCGCCGCCAACACUCAGUUUUCUUACACAAAUACCCAUUCCGCCACAAGCACCACAACUUUCGGAAAAUGUAAGACCACAAGAUCGACAAAAUCAUAAUUUGGAUAUUAAACCGGAUGUGAGUGAAAUGAGAAAACAGAUGGAUAAAGCGGAAAAGGAGAAAGCGGCGAAAUUGAAACCGAAAACUACGAAUAUUCAAAGAGGUAUGCUGAAAACGGGAUCUUCAGGGCAGGAAACUGAAAAAGAAACAUCGGUGAAACGAAGACGGGAAGAAGACAGUGAUGAAGAUGGAAGUGGACCAAGUACAAGUUCGAGGUGAGCAUGAGAUUUAUUAGCUUGAAAAAAAUUAUUUGGCAUUGAAAUUAGAAUUUCCUAUCAGGACUUGAAAAAAUAAAUAGAUUUAGAAUUAAAACCGAAAAGAUCUUUAAAUUUUCAAGAUAUUCUUUCCUGUGAUAACUUUUUUAUCAAAAAAAAAAUGGUUUUGAAAGUUUCAACUAAAACAUUCGAAAAUUUUGAAAAUUCUCCUAUUUUUCAAAUUUCUGUUCAGAUUUUGAUUGAAAAUUUUUUAUUCAAAAAUUUCCGUAUUCAAUAAUCCAAAAAUAACGAAAUACAUCUUAUUUUUCCGAUUUACAGACACGCAUCCAGCCAAAGUUCAACAACUGUUCAAAAUGAUUAUCGAUCAAGAAAUCAGACUAAUCAAAGCGGCUAUGAUUAUAGAAACAGGUUAGAAUUUUUAAUUUUCCGAAAACAUUCAAUUUCACAUUUGUUUUUUUUUGCAGCCAAACAAGUCGAAAUGAGCCGGCUAGAAAUGAGCGAGUUCAGCAAAAUCAACGAAAUUCAAGACAAUAUCAACAGCCCUCGAGAAAGAGAGAGUGAGUUUUUCUUAUUUUUGAAAUUUUCUGAUUGAAAAUUUAAAUUUUUCAGGCGCUCUUAUUCAGCAUCGGACAGCGACUAA